GUUUGCUACAAUGGAAGACAGCCAAAGGAAUUCACAGAGAGCAAAUCAGCGCUCACCGCGUGCGAGAAGCUGCGCGAGGUCACUCGGUCAGUGAAGUCGGCCUUGUGCCUGUUUGUUGCUCAGCCCGACAGCAGCACAGCACGCGCGUUGCCAUGUGAAGUUCGCGCAAUCACGCGCAUUGCCAGGUGAAGUUCGCGCAACCACGUUGCAGCGAGUGAAGUUCACGCUGCGCUAGGCAGCAGAGUCGGUGAGUGUGCGGCGCGCUCUUACUAUGCUGCCGAGCAGGCAUAAGAAGAGCCCGACGCUCAACCCUCUGCGCUUCCUCUUCUCCAUCGCUGCUCCACUGCUCUCGCACGCAACCUUUGCCAGCAACGCCAGCACAGCCAUUGCGUCCCCCAUCUACAACGCCAUGUCGUCCUCUGCUGCUACCAUCGCGAUGCCGUCCGAGGCGAAGCUCCGCAACACGGGCGGCCCAGCGUUUACGCUUCGCGCGUUCGAUAGCGCUGGCGGCAACUACACGAUGCCUGAGCGCGGCGAAGCCUACGACAUGCGCCAGUUCAGCGACAGCACCGCGUCUGUCGGCCACCUCUAUCUCCACCCUGGCACGCGCCGCCCGCCCAUUCCUCCCUACGCUGAGCUCCAGGCGUUCGCUGCAGCCAACCCCAGCAUGCCCAUCGUCGUCGACCACGACCGCAGCGACGGCAACCCGUGCGAGUAUCCCCACAUCGUCCUCGCCACGCUUGAGAUCAACACCGACGUUGUCAAGACCAGCCGGCUGCUCCUCGACGCCAACAACGUCCCCACGAUCCGGCUCUACACUGUGGCGGCAGAUAACGCGUUCAGGGCGUUCGACCCCGCAACCCACCACAAGAACGGCAGGCAGUACGAGGGCAUCGACAUCCUUGACUGGGGCAUGGUCAACUUUGACGAGGAGUACCAGGCCAACACGCUGGUGGGCACCUUCCGCAAGAUCUUCACCGACCUGAACUGGUAGGCCCUAGCAGCGGACGGCAGGCAGCUCGGGUGGAAGUCAGGCAGCUUGGGCAGAAGUCGGGUUAUCAUCAAGUAGUUCUUCCAAAUCAAAGCUUCUCCC